AAGAGUGCUGGAGGCGUGACGACACGCGUCUUUCGGUAAUAGCCGUUUGUUCGUUCACGUCGAUGCAGAGCGCGAACCACCACAAUCCUUCAAAAACAGGAUGCUGGCAAAAUGCGUUAUCGUUUAUGUACUCGUUUAAGAAAAUGCUGCCAAAUUGACGAGAGUGAAUCUUACUGCACGGUAAGAGUAAAAUGGCUAGCUGCAGUGACAUAGAAGAGUGUGAGAGUGAAAUUGAGGAGCAUUUUUACGGAGUGUAUCUUUUGUACUGCACAAAUCCUAAAUACCUAGGACGCACGUAUGUGGGCUUCACUGUAAACCCACUUAGAAGAGUUAAGCAACACAACAGGGGCUCCCAGUUUGGCGGUGCAAGGAGAACGAGCAACAAAGGACCCUGGGACAUGGUGCUCAUUGUACAUGGCUUUCCAAAUGAUGUAGCAGCACUGAGAUUUGAAUGGGCUUGGCAACAUCCAUGGAGGUCUCGGCGCCUGGCACACUUGGGGAUUUCUAAAUCGGCUAGGAGAACCAUGACGUUCUGUCUUAGCGUUGUAAAUGAAAUGCUGAGAGUAGGACCCUGGCGCAGAUUACCUCUGACACUGAGGUGGCUACAGCCAAAAUAUUAUGCUCCCCUCAAGAAUCCACUCCCAGAUCACAUGAAAAUCGUGAAGGGCUCCCUUCGAAAGGCCGACCAGCCUCACGAAGCUCUAGCUGCGAGCGAAGAAUGUCGCGAGUGUGGUCGCAAAAGUGGCCUCAAGACCCUUCGCUGCCUCUAUUGUUCAUUCUCAGCACAUGCGGCUUGUUGGUUACGACGAAUUGGAUCUAAAGGACUGGUGAUACCUAUUGAUGGGACUUGCCCGAGUUGCAAGAAAAAUGUGAUGUGGGGGCGAUUGGUAAUAGCGAAUCGGCCUCCAAAAUCUGCUCAAGACAGCUAAUUUUGUAGUUGUAGUUAAUUAUCAAGAGGUGUAAUUGAAAUGAUUAUUGAAUUUAAUAGAAAUUGAAUGAGA